AUGGAUUAUAUAGAAAGUGCCCCAGGCUCUCAAAAUGACCCCAUACAGAUUCCUUGCUUGAGUCACGAGCCCUAUGAUGGGGAAGAUUUCCCAAAAUAUCCAGAGCGCGCGGGCUGGGACAUCGAUCGGCUUCUCGCCGGAGACUUCUCACAACACCCCGCCGAGCCCACUGGUGCAUUCUUGCAAAAUUGGCUCUACUUCGGUGUUCUUUGGGAAGUAUUCGGUCCCAUCACUCGGGGAGCCAAGAAGAAUUAUGUCAUGCCGCAAGAAGGCACAAUGUACGGAAUAAUCACCAUCGCUGCUCUCGACGUUCAGAUACUACAGCUCCUGUCGUCGAUCACGUCAAUGGUCGAGAUCGCUAUGGUGGAAAAGACAUUUACGUCCGCGUCCGCGUACUAUGUGUCUCAGAUGGAAAGACCGCCGUCGGCGGUACAGAGAGACCAUGGUGAAUGUACCGGUAAACUCUGUUUUGCGCGACAAAUCAACGAAGCGACGUAUCUCACUGCACACACCACAGCGGAGUGUGACUGUCAGCACCUAGGCCCGUCGAACGAUGAAGUGGUGUCCAUUAUUGCAUCUGGAGGCGUCCCAUUGAUGUCCAUUACACCAAUGAAGAAGGAGCCAUAUCUCAAAGUAGAGGUACAAAAGUAG